AGUCAUAUGUCCCACGCUGUACACGGAGAGGGACCGCGCACUGGUGAAUCUAUGCGAAAUAGUGUUAUGAAAACGUUACGGUAACUUCUUUAAAAUGGGACACGCCCUGGCUGUAUUAUUGGGACACCUCGGGCAGCCACUCGCAGGAACACAUUGUGUUAAGAUUUAUUUAUGCGUCAUGCUGCUCAAUUUAAUGCAAUAGUGUGGGUUUGGAAACAUUUCCUUCUUGCGGUGUCUGUUUCAUCACCUGUACGCUGUGUUGAAACAAUUCAAACGUGAGGAUAUCCGGAGCAUAUGACUGCGGGAGACCAGUGAAAGUUUUUCUGUCUGGGACCAAGUACACCUGACAACCCUCCGCUCCGCUCUGCGCUCCAAACCGCCGACAUGACGCUCGGAGCAGUGUCCGGCUCUGACAGCUCGUCGGCGGUCAGCUUUUGUUCCUGCUGUGGGGCCAAGAUGGUGCCCUACUUCAGCGACGACGCGCUCGUGACAAAAAAUGAAAUCAACCAGCUUAUCAGUGAGAGCUUUCUCACGGUGAAAGGUGCAGCAGUGUUUCUUCCCAGGGGGAAGAGCCCCACACCUAACUCUGCACCUCCUGUCAGCCAGCGCAGGAACAAGCAUGCAGGUGAUCUCCAGAAACAUCUCCAGACCAUGUUCACUGUGCUGCGGCCAGAGGACACCAUCCGACUGGCUGUUCGCCUGGAGAGCGUUCACCCUCAGGUAACCCGCUACAUGGUGGUGGUCUCCACCAAUGGCAGACAGGACACAGAGGAGAGCAUUGUGCUCGGCAUUGACUUUCUCUCUUCUGAUAGCUGCUGCACUGUGGGUCUGGUGCUACCUCUGUGGAGUGACACUCUGAUCCACUUGGAUGGAGAUGGUGGCUUUAGUGUGUCGACCGUGAACAGGGUUCAUGUCUUCAAGCCCGUUUCAGUCCAGGCCAUGUGGUCAGCCCUCCAGUCACUCCACAAAGCAUGUGAUGUGGCUCGUUGCCAUAACUACUACCCAGGCAGCCUGUUCCUGACCUGGAUCAGCUACUACCAGAGCAGGAUCUCCUCUAACCAGUUCUGUAUCAAUGAGUGGAACGCCAUGCAGGACGUCGAGUCCCACCGUGCAAACUCACCUGCCCCCUUCACAGACCUGCCCACAGAGAGGGAGCGCACCGAGAGGCUGAUCAAAAUGUGUUUGAGAGAGAUCAUGAUGCAGAAAGACCUGGAGAACGUCACUUGUAAAGAGAUCCGAACAGAGCUGGAGAUGCAAAUGGCGUGCAACCUGAGGGAGUUCAAAGAGUUCAUAGACAAGGAGAUGAUAGUCAUCCUGGGACAGAUGGACAGUCCCACCGAAAUCUUUGAGCACGUUUAUCUGGGCUCUGAGUGGAACGCCUCGAACCUGGAGGAGCUGCAGAACAGUGGGGUGCGGUACAUCCUGAAUGUCACCAGGGAAAUAGACAACUUUUUCCCAGGGAUGUUUGAGUACCACAACAUCAGAGUGUACGACGAGGAGGCCACCAACCUGCUGGAGUACUGGAACGAAACCUAUAAGUUCAUCACGAAAGCCAAGAAAGCUGGUGCUAAGUGUCUGGUUCACUGUAAGAUGGGCGUGAGCCGCUCUGCCUCCACAGUGAUCGCUUACGCUAUGAAGGAGUACGGCUGGGAUCUGGACACUGCCUUCGACUAUGUGAAGGAGAGAAGAGCUGUAACCAAACCAAACCCCUCCUUCAUGAAACAGCUGGAGGAAUAUCAGGGAAUUUUACUGGCCAGCAAACAAAGACAUAAUAAACUAUGGCGCUCCCACUCUGACAGUGACCUAUUAGAUUGCUCAGACUUGCUGUGUAAAAUGUCCUCUCACUCUCUUGGCCGCUCGGACUCUCACAACAAUAACAACAACGCCUCCUCCCCGUCUUUACAACACUUCCUGGGUGUGGCUGUGCUGCACGCACUUGGUGCUGAACCGGAAGACUCUGCCAAAUCAAAGGCCGCACACACAUCUGAGUCACACUCUCACACCAACGGUCUGUGUGAGUCACCGUUUCAGGAGGAGGUCGGAUCAGAUUGUGACGACCUGCUGCUUCCUCUCCCAAGACCUCGAGCAGCCACUGUAGUCCCAGAGGAAAGACUGGACAAUUCAGCGAGUGUGGCUGUCACUGUGCCUGUUGCUCUACCCCACCCGCCACCAUCACUCCACAUCCUACCUCCCACUCCAGAACUCCAGCGCGUGCGCCGCAGUCCUCCCACACAUCUGGCCAUUUCAGUGCCCAAGCACAAAUCAGCAGAACUUUCCCUCAUUCUGCAUGACGGAGGCAGCUCAGAAGAAAUCUCCCCUCUCACACUGGGAUCCACUGACUCAGACAUUAUAGAUCCAUCAUUAUCGGAUCUAUCGAGUGACAAACACAGCCCUCAUAGCCCUGCAAACACCACCCCUCACACACUGGUUCUCCCACUCCCUGCCAGUGACGACAACAACAACCCCAGUGGGAUAGAGACAGGCGGCGCCCCCGACAGCAGAGGUGACGCCGAUGGGUCGUCAAACCACAGCACAGACAGCAUCGACUUCUUCAGCGCCAGAGAAAAGUUUUUGGGCUUGGCCCAAGAUGGCGGAACUCGAACAGUUUCAGAGCAGACACUACAGAGGACUCCAACAUCACAGGAGGAAAAUGGAGAAAUGGGCAUUGAGGAUGAAGAGGAGCAGGUGAACGGGAGCCAGGUGUCUCCGCUGUCUGAUGACUGUGAUGACAAAGCCGAUCACCCUCGCCACGACAACGGCAUAUCAGUUCGCCAUAUUGUCACUGAGAUCGAAGCCAUAUGCCAUCCAGUGUCAUGCCUUCCUCCGUCCCCUUCCCCCUCCCCUACCCCCUCUCCAUCUCUCCCUCCGUCCUCCCACAGCGCUCCGCUCAUUCCCCAGGAACCACAUCAGGAGGGGACGGAGUCUUGUGACGUCAGCCCCGGCUCUUUAUCUCCCCCUUCGCACCCACAUUCUCCCUCCAUGCUGCCAUGCGACUGGCCGGCGGGCUCGGUGCGGCGGGCAACCAAGCAGCUGGAGCAGAAGCUGAGGCAAGAACUGGAGAUGGCGGCUGCCCAGCGGUCCCCGUUGCAUUCGCCCAGCACCGAGAACCCUCCCGUUAGAUUGUCCCAAUGCUCCCCAAGUGCUGAGCAUCCUCCGCUUUGCUCCCCAUGUCACUCCACAGAACAAAGCAACACUCAGGGAGAGAUCCUGGCUGUGUCUACGAAGUCCAAAGAUGGAGAGGAGCAAACAGGGUCACAACAUGAACUACAAAGUCUCGACUCCUCAGGCACGUACAAACCCUCAGACCCUCCCUGCUCUCCUAACUCCAAUAACAGCCAAAUCUCUGGUGCUAUACCUGUCACUGUGUACACACCUUUAGAUAGCCAUAUGCUGACAUCAUCACUGGCUUCUACUCCUCAGUCAGUAGAAACAUUCUUAAAUACCUCAUCACAGUCCCAAGGACAGUCCCCGCUCCACAGCCAAACCCUGCACCCGGCCUCUUCAGACCAAAUGACUCUGGACGGGGCAACAGUGCAGGAGUCAGAAACGGAUGAAAAGCCAGAGUCUAGUUCCCGAGGCAGUCAAGGAGUCUGUGGUCCCAGCUGUGAUGCUCAGUGCAGACUCUCACGCGGCAGUCAGGAGCUCGAGAGGAUUCAGCAGACACUCAAAGAGCUGCAGGCUUUCCUCCAUGACGGCAUCAGCUUAGAAACAACAGACAGUGAAGUACAGCAACUGGAACAGCCUCAGGGCCUGAGAGACGGGAUGGACACAGAACCAGGAACUUGUAAAGGGGCGAGCGUUGAACACAGCCCUCCAGGCCUGGAUCAGGGACACCGGCUCCAAAACAGACAAGAGGGGAAGAGUGUCCUUGAGCCGACUGGGUGGCACAGAGCCAUGGAGCUGGAGGCUCGCAUCCGCCAGGCAGGCCUCACACCCCCUUCUCUCAUGAAGAGGUCAGCGUCGCUGGCUAAACUGGACUGUCUGGAACUGUCAGCUAACGACCUCAGUGACUUGGACCUGAGGCCACACAUCAGGACGAGCUCAUCACACUCCCAGGACUCCCUCUCCACGUCCCCAGCUCAUUCUGACGACACCUGGAAGAAGCAGAAAGUGUUGUCUCGAAACAUUUGUGCCGAAAAGUUGGGAUCGUCCCACGACGACUCCGCCUCACCGCGGUCUCUCUGCCCCUCCUCUGCCUCUCCCCACUGUCCAACAGAAGAGACUGGUGAGAGGGAGGAGGCCGAUGGCACCGGGAGCGGGGCGGGCACUGCGUCGUGUCUGCAGGCGAGGGGACACGCGUCAAGACGUUCUCGCAAAGCGUCUGCGGAGAAGAAGCAGCGAGCCGUCGCGGUGCUAUACAACACCAUGUAACCUCAAUGUGCAAUGGACUAAAAGGGACAUGACUGGAGCGGUGCACCUGUGUGAGAGUCUGCAUGACGAGUAUGAAUGUGUCGACGCUGCGUAACCUCGGUGAUGUGACUGAGGAGUUUAAGUGUAUGUUUGCAUGUAAACCACUGGAUGUGUCGUCUCAACUGGAGUUGAGGUUUUAUGUACAGUUGUGAAAUUAUAUGAAUGUCCAAACUAGACUGUACUAGUGCACACCACUACAGCGGUCUCUCCCUUUUUUUAAGAAAGAAAAGAAAAAACAAGAAGCAUUUGUUUCUGUGUGUGACCCUCGCUGCCUGUUCAGUUUCUACAGCAGCAACAGGAGGGGCUUUUUCUCCAAACAUGCACUUUACUAUUUAGAUUCAUUUCUUUUUAUUUGAGAGCUCUUUCUUACUCUGGGAAGGAUUUGUUUGCACUGGUUUCAGUAGACUUGUCUUUAUUCAGAUUUUUAAUUCAACCAGGGAAGCUGAUAUGGUUUUUUUUAUUAUUAAAUUCUUUAGCAGUAAAUAAAUAUGGUGAGUUUG